UGGGGAAACGAACAGCCAUUCAGCUGUCUGUCUGGGCUUCACCAGUGACUGCCUGACCAAUGAGCUGUCUGUCUGGCUGCACCGAGGGGGUGAGCGUCUGCCGAGGCCCAAUCAGCGGCUCAGUGCUGCCUGCCGGUGCCGGGGACUGGUGGUGAGGAGCCGCUGCAACGCGUCAGGACCGGACCGUGAACCCGGAGACGGUACACACCGAGGCGAAAGGAGACACAGGAAAUGGCUUGUGAUGGGGAAUCAGUCUCACGGACCCAGCCGCAUAUACUGUACUGAGGUGUAUACCAGGCAUGAAGCAAAAUAUUGCAUCGAAUUUCCUACCAAGGAAAAACCAACAAAAUGGCCAGAGUGGACAUCAUGUUAUCAUUAUGCUUAAAACCAAGUGCUCAGAUCAUCAAACAGCAUCUGGAACCUCCUUUCCCAGCAUGGAGCGGAUGUCUGAGGAGGCGCUGAGGCUCAACCUGCUGAAGCGAGGCCUGGAGUCACCCAGUGAGCGUGAGGAGGCGCUGGCUAAGCGCCUCAAAAUGGAGGGCCAUGAGGCCAUGGAGCGCCUCAAGAUGCUGGCACUACUGAAACGCAAGGACCUUGCUGACCUAGCAGCCCUGGAGGUCACGGGGCCCCUGGGAGACGGGAAAGGCCCCGGAGCCAGCACUCUCCACCACCAGAGCCUAAUGGGUGCUGCUUACGAGGAGAAGCUGAAUGGGAGUCUGAGGCUGGGAGGCCAUGGCGGCCAUGUUGGACCCAGUAAGAAUGGGAAGGAGAACAUCCUGGAUGAGCCGGUAGAUAUGAGCGCUGGGAGAAGAUGUGAUGCGGACCAUGACAGACGAACUCCGUCUCCAGAUGUCAUCAUCCUGUCAGACAACGAGGCGUCCAGUCCCAGAACAACACCUCGCCCUGAGGAGCGCCUGCACCAGGCCAACCUGGACAUGUUCAAGGGGAAGACAGGAGAGGAGAGGCAGCAGAUGAUCAAAGCUCUGAGAGAGGAGCUGCGUCUGGAGGAGGCUCGCCUGGUGCUGCUCAAGAAGCUCAGACAGAGUCAGAUGCAGAAGGAGAACGUGGUGCAGAAGGUCCCGGUGGUCCAGAACGCUGCAUCCUCUGUGCAGCCCCCUCCCAUCCACAGCUCUCCUGGCCUGGGGAAGCUGCCUGUGAGGCCGGGUCUGCACAACCCUGAGCCCCAGAACCUCCGCACUGCACAGGGUCAUACAGUCAUCAGGUCAGCAGCCAAUGCCAACCUGCCGCCCAUGCUGAUGUCCCAGCGAGUGAUAGCCCCCAACCCUGCCCAGCUGCAGGGCCAGCGGGUCUCCUCCAAGCCUGGGAUGUCUCGCUCCAGCAGCAUGGCCAAUCCCGUCAGUUACCAGCAGGCCAGCCAGCAGGUGACAGCUUCCCAGCGCUCAAGCUCCAGUGCCAUGUACAUGAACCUGGCCCACAUGCAGGCAGCGGCAGCAGCGGGAGCCGGCGGGGUGGCAGGCGGCCUAGGCGGAACUUCGGCCGUCAGCCCAUCCACCAUGUCCAGCUCGACCAGCGGAGGGGUGAGCUCCAUGGCUGACCAGGCCAGCAGCCAGGCGGCGGCCAAGCUGGCCCUGAGGAAGCAGCUGGAGAAAACCCUGCUGGAGAUCCCUCCACCCAAACCCCCCGCCCCACUUCUUCACUUCCUGCCCUCUGCCGCCAACAGCGAGUUCAUCUACAUGGUGGGCCUGGAGGAGGUAGUGCAGAGUGUUCUCGACAGUCAGGGUAAACUCAGAGGGACCCUGGCCCGCAUGGAGCCUUUCUUCUGCGCCCAAUGCAGAACCGACUUCACCCCCCAUUGGAAGCAAGAGAAGAGUGGGCGAAUCCUCUGUGAGCAGUGCAUGACGUCCAAUCAGAAGAAGGCUCUGAAGGCAGAGCACACAAACAGGCUGAAGAACGCCUUUGUGAAGGCCCUGCAGCAGGAGCAGGAGAUUGAACAGAGGCUGCAGCAGCAGGCAGCCCUCUCUCCCAGCUCGGCCCCUACUGGCCCCAACGCCUCCAAGACUGACACCAUGAUCCGACAUCAUGCUCUCCGCCAGGCUCCCCAACCUCAGGCCUCCCUGCAGCGAGGUCUGUCCAACUCGGCGCGAGGUGUCCUGUCCAACUUUGCCCAGGCCUCCCAGCUGUCAGUGGCCAGCAGCCUCAUGGGAAUGACUAGUGCCAAGCACUGUGGCAGCAGCAGCAGCAGCAGCAGCAGUAGCAGCAAUAGACUGCAGCAUGACAGCCGUCGCCAGAUCUACAACAUCCCAGGGUUAAAUAUUGCCUAUCUGAACCCAGCGGCAGUUGGAGCCCAUAAGAGCUCCAGCUUAGCAGACCGGCAGAGAGAGUACCUGUUGGACAUGAUCCCACCUCGAUCCAUAUCGCAGUCCAUCACCGGACAGAAAUGAGCACCACCCAGCCCUCCUGCCCCUCUGAGGCCACCCCCAUCCUGCCCUCCUACCCCAUACUGAAGCACUCCCAGAUCAACCAACAUCCCCACCCCACCCUCCCAUCGCAUGCAGUGCCUGUCCGUGUGCCUACCUUAAACCAACCCAUGAAAACCCACCAAGUCGGACAAAGACACUAAACUGUCAGUGCAUCUCAAAUGUUCUUAUUAUAGUAAAAAUCUUCUUCGUCAGCGUUGUUUAACAAUUAUAAUUCCCAUUAUUAUCGCUGUUGGUAGCAAUAUUAUUAUACCUGCAACUACCAUUUUUGCUUCAGUUACUAUUAGUCAUUAUGCUUUUUUCUUUUAUAAAUGUUUUUUGUUCAUUUUUUGUUUCUCUGCUGUCUCUCCUUUUACUUAGGGGAGUGACAGUGAAUCAUUGUUGGGCCACUUUAGGCCACAAUCACAUAAGAUUUUUUUCUCCACUCAAUUAAAAAGCUUAAUGUGACUAUUGCUAGUAACAGAAGAUCAACAGGGUGCAUUCUGGUUGCUAUGCAACAUAAAGUUUAACAAUUUUGAAGCUUUGUAAAAAGUGUUAGCUCGCUAACUUGAAGUAACAAAGUGGAAAAUACUGAUAGGAACAAAGACAGAAUAUUAAGUUAGUAACUGCUCUGCUUGCGCUUGAAAAGAGGAUGAAGAACCAUUCUGAAAAUGGAGAACGUGUGGGAAGGCAUGAAAUUGAGAGCAGAGCACCCACACUUGUAUCAUCUCGUCAAAAGGGCCAGUUUCAAGAGCUGUUUUCACACUGAUACGCAGCUAAAGUUCCGACAUGUUCAACAUGGAGUUCAGGACAGAGACCCCCAAAUCUUGAGGAGACCCCCUGAUACCAUCAGAGCUCAUUAACUGGAAAUGACUGACAAAAGAUGCAAAUGUGUACAAAAGAGAAUCCUAUAUGACAAGAGUUUGGAAAACCUUUUCCUUUGCUAGUGGGCUCCCACCAUUCCCUAUCAAAAGGUCAUCAUCAGUUUCUUCAUUUCAGAUGUCAGCCCUCCCCGGUUACAGAUUUUAACAGUUACCAGACGGAUGUACGUGGGACAUACUGUAGUUGUACUAAUCAGGACUGACAGAUGCAGCAACGUCCCGACUGCACCUUCAGCGGACCACCAGUCGCUGCAGACUCUAGCGAGGAGGGAGCUGAUAAGCCGGAGGAUGUCAUCUACAAACUCACCUAGUAUUCACGGGGGGGGGGGGUGAUGGUCUCCACUCAGAAAGAAACAAGUUGAUUUUCCCUCCUGCUUCCAUCCCAUCUCAUUACCUCCCACUUACCCCUUAAUGUCGUCUCUCCCCCCCAUUACGUUUGGUUAUCCAGUAUGCACAGACUGAACCGUUUACCCAGCAGCUCCUCUUGGAAUCACAUGUUCUUUGAGAAAGUGAAAAGAACAUGAAGGUGAAAGCACAUUUUGUGCAUCCAAACUGCAUUUAAAAAUAUAGAAAUCUGUGUUCCUUUCCUUAUUAUAUUUGGGUUUUUCGUUGUUUUGAUUGUUGCCCCCCCCUUUUUUUUUUUUGGUUUGUUUAUUUGUUUGUUUUUUUGCGGCGUCUCCUAAUGAAAUGGUGGCGUACCUGAGAGGUAUUAGCCCCCGGGGACGAUAAUCAACAUAGCUUAAAAACAGAAACUAUUAAAAUAUCUGUAUGGAUUAUGUAGAUACCUAGCUUCAGAGGAAAAAAGGAUGUGGAUUAUAUCUUUUAUGGGAGAGACAUGGAUCAAUCAUCGUGUGCAUGCUCUGCACACAAGAUGCCUCACUCCAGAGGAGCACUUUGCAUAUUUCCAAUUGGAAAAACAUUUUUUUUAAAGAGGAAAAGAAUGUUACAAUUGAGAGUGGCUAAGGUCUGGAUGCUAGCCGAUGGCCGACCAGAGAGUCAGGGGAGAUGUCCUGAGUAUUGUGGAUUGCAUCAAGGUGUGUUUUAAUGAAUGAUGAAUGGUUUAAUCAUAAUUUACUUUGCCAGUGUUGAUCUCUGUAAAUGUUGGACCUCAAGUGUCAGUUUCCAAAUCCCUGGUGCCCAGUGUGCAGGUGUGAGACCCAGCCUGUAUAUAAGCUGCUGCUGGCCUGAAUAGAUGUACCAGCAUUAGUACAGGGUCCCAUUGACUCACUGUCUGGAAAACCCAGCAAUAAGUUAUUCUCCUUUUCAAUGCAGUGUCACCAAAGCAAUCCCACUUCAUAUUCCUAAAGGUCUGAAAUAGAGGUCUUUGGACCCAAUCCAAGACAAAUCCAUCAUCAGAGCUGAUAGGGAAUCUGCUUGGAUCUACUCUGGUACUGCCAUACUGACAGACAGUAUAUAAAAUACUUAACUUCACUGUGUCAGACCCACCCUGACCAAAACAAAUGAAGGCUUAGUGUUUCCUGUGAUAGAUGAUCUAGUUCUGUUGAAGACAUUCUUAUAAAGAGUUCGGUCUAGACCUGCUCUAUAGGAAAAGUGCAAUGAGAUAACUUCUGUUAUGAAUUGGCACUAUAUAACUAAAAUUGAAUUGAAUUGAAGGCAGCAGAAACUGACACUGUGCACACAUCAGCAGGAAUAAUGGAAAGAAGAGACAGGCAGUUUAGACACAGAAAUGCACCUUAACUACAAUCUAAAGAAUUUCAUUGGAAUGGGUUUUAAUGAGUGUACUUUCACACAACCCUAACAAGAAGGAAAUGUUCAGGUCAAGUCUAAGUCUGUCAUUUUUGGCUGUAAAUCACCCACAUUAGCAUAACCCUAAUGUAAAGUGUACUAACAGCACUUCACUGGUUUCCUCAGGAGUCGUGGGCUCCCAGUUUGCAGUAGCUCAGGCAUUUCAAGCAGUGUUCAGUAAAUGUGCAGUAUUAUUCAUGGAACAUGGUGAGUCCUCACAGGACACAGAGGCUGUGAAGUCAUUUUGGGUUUGAGAUGGGAGAACCAGGCGGUUCACACAGGGCUCUGAGGUGACCAUCCAACACAUUUCAGUCCGAUUAGUCAAAUAAUUGACAAAGAGGCGAAAGCCUCAGUUUACCAAGAAGUCUCAAAUUAUCAAUUGCCACUACUUAACCUAUGAAGUCUUCUGUCUGAUUUGGAAAUGUGCAAAAUACCAUGCAAAGACUGUUUUAGUGACUUAUUUUAGGGCGCCUAUGGAAGGUUCAAUCCAUGUCACACAGGUGCACAUAAACUGUUCAUAGAGAACAUCCACAUUGUAAUGCUGUGAAACAACAUGGCAUAGGUUCAUCAUUGACAUGAGACCGACAUUGUUGCAGAGGGUUACAAGUGGCCUAACACGCCUUCUGGCAGCCAUGUUGGAUUCCUUCAGUUCCUGGGCAACAGCUGAUGUGUGUCUGACAAAAUGUUUAUCUCUCAGUUUCUGUGCAGUUAAUGUGUGUGAAUGGAACAGUCACUGAUUACUUUUGUGUUUGGAUAAUCUAACCAUAUGUCUGGUUACAUUACACUCAACUCAUUCUAGACUCACACUCAAUUUUUAAUCCUCUGUACAACUUUGUGCAGACACUCAGCGUUCCAACAUUUCACUUUGUCAGGUACUUUGGUUUAUGACCAAAUACCUGCAAAACUAGUGACAUUCUCAUUAGCUUCAGCUGUACUUUGUGUUUAGUGAUAAUUGGAAAAUGUUAGCAUUCUAACAUGCUAAACUCAGAUGGUGAACAUGGUAAACAGUAUACCUGCUACUUACCUUGUUAACAUUGUCAUUGUGAGCAUGUUAGCAUCCUGGCAUUGGCAUUUAGCUCAAUGCACUGCUAUGCGAAAGUAAAGCCACACAGCUAGCGUGGCGGUAGACUAUUCUUGUUAAAGCUUUUUCUGCUGAGUGGCAAGCGAUGCAAAAAUGUAGGAUGAAGCUAAAGAGCAAGAGAACCUAAGGUGGCAGUUAAAACCCCUUUUUUAAAAAUAUACAUUUUUAACAUUUUAAACAACAAAUAAGUUUUAGCUUCUUGCUAAGAAUAAAAUGGGAAAAUAAACUAAAGCACUUCAUAUCUAAGAGUGUGUGUGUCUGGAACGGGUCAGUCUUGCCAACGCCUUUGAUUGAAACAUAACUACUGUCUGUACAGUAGUAGAAGCUAGCAGUAGUAGUGUUCCUUUUUUUAUGAAUUAGCCCACCAGCUAGUUAGCUAACAAAGCCACACUUCUGGGUUCACCUCUGUUCCACUCAUGGAGGGCUUCUGUCUUCAUUGCUGUCUGAAAAGCUAAAGUGUGAUACUGGGGUUUUAUGUCCAUGUUCUAAACUAAAUUUUAUCAGCUCUUCCAAUUACUAGUAAAAUCUAAACACUCUACGCUUUAACUGGGAAAUUGUGAAUGAAGUGCUCAGUUUUUUCUAGCUAAUGCAGUAGCAGAAUGUGUUGUGGGGAUGUGGGGAAAAUCACAUUGUCUGGCCAAGGCUAGUGGAGCACAGGCUUGCUUAAAAAGGGCAAGGACUUCAGUUCUCUCAUGAUCACCUGUUCUCAAGCCAAGACAAUAGUAUCACAGUAAUAUAUAGUUUGCAAGAAAUAUCUGCCUUUUCAAACUGCUCACUUUUGCUAUAAUGUUAUUAAAUUGAUCGUAAGCCACACUCCGACAGUCUUUUCAGGUGUCUCUGGUUCUGUAGCCUCGACUACAUUUCAUAGCUAACUAGUUCUCCAAUGGAUGUCCUUGAUGGAGCUCCACACGGUUGAGAGGUUUUGUGGUGUAAAUGCACAGCCUCUGCACAUCUCCACAUCGUCAUGUGUAUUCAUUUAUGUGAAUCUGUGUCACCGUUACACUUACCCUCUGCAUCGCUACAGUUCCACUGUCCAUAUAUGCACAGUGGUUGGUGGUGUCUUUUCCAGCCCGACUGUCAGAUGGAUGUGUUCUGGUUCAUCACGUUAUGAUGCAAGGAAAGUCUGUUUGAGGAAUCCAGACCUGCCCGUCACUGCAGCAGAAUGAUCUGAUGAUAAAACAACCCAGUGAAAUGGAAGACUUAGGCCAAGACUAUUAAACUACCUAGGAUUUCGAUUCAGAGAUGUAAACUGAAGUUUACACUUGGAAAACAUCAUUUUUGUUUAUUAUAUAAAAAAAGUGAUUUUCCCGUUGGUGGAACAGUUGAAAUUGGAUGCAGAAAUAUAUUUUCAUGUGUUUUUAAUGUCUGGGGUAAAUUUUUACUGCCACUCACUCACAAUUUGAUUUUAGCAAUGUUUUUGUCAUGCAUCUCCUUUUGCCAAGCUGAAGCUUGAAGAAAAAAGCUCCUGUCUCUUGCUCUUUUGCAGAUGCAUCCACACACCUUUGUGUUUGGACUGCAGAUUCUUUUCCAAUUUCAAUUUUUAGAUUUCAAAAGUCAUUCUUUUUCUGAGGUCUCAAUUGAGUUCUGUUUUCUUUCUAUUGCAGUUUAAAAAAAAAAAAAAGAAACAAAUGUAUUGACUAUGAAAUAAAUGACACGAUAUUUGCUAGGUUUGAAGUAAUAAUGACUUAUUGUACAUAAGCAUUUUUCCUCCCUUGUACUGAAAAAAGAAAUUAAAUGGUUGUAUAUUGUGUAGAAAAGCAAACAAAAAGCCAUGAAUAUUGUGAAGCUUGUCAUUUCGUUUUGUGAUCACUGUGUAUUAUUGUGUAACAAAUGUGCAAAAUGUUUGGGAUUUCCCCGCUUCUUGAAGCGGUCUCCCUGAAUGCAUUUGCUUUGGUUGUGGACUAGUUAGAGUUUGCAGGAAAGUGCUCAUUGGUUCAGACAGACGGGGUCUGCAGUCUGGUACACAUUACACAUCUGAUCAUUUCUUUUCUUUUCCUCUUGGGGCAUUGGAACUUGAAAUAACUUUGUCUCUUACAUAAUAGUUUCCUGAACUUGCUCUAGAUAAAAGCACUUUGAAUGUUUCACUGUGUGUGUGUUGGAUUAGAUGGACAGAAUUGAGGGACCCUCCUGAACUAAUGGUUUGAUCCAGAGUCAGACUGAUGUAUCGGUUUGCUGAUACUGCAGACUGGCAUUGAAAGAUGACAUUUAAAAAGUCAGCAGUAACAAAUCUUUCCAAAAUCCAUGGUUUCCAGUGUCCCUGUUGCUCUGAAGAAUCCACAAACCACACUGGAAACAGUUCUCAUACGGACUAUUUCUUAGAUAGAAAAAAGUUCCAGCUGUUCACAGUGACUAAGGUUAACAGGGACAUUGAUUUUGAAAAGAGAUGUUGCUCAUUUUUCAAGUACAUUAUCCAUAUGCCUAUGAACUAGUAGGGGUAAGUAAGACAAUGUCCUCUAGAAGGUAUUUCUGGAGGACAAGUGUGGCACUAAAUAUUCCAUCCAUGCAUAAUCUCUUUCAUCAGUGGUUAGGCGGUGGUCUGACCUUAUACAAUGUUUUUUUGUUAAAUGGCCACCGCUGCUGCUUGACCUGAGAAGAGCUGACCCUGAAUCAGUGAUCACUUUUCCUGCCAACACCAGCAUACAACAUGUAUGGUCCUCUACUGUUUGGUUUUAUCUUCUAUUAGUUGUUGUUGCUAAUGCAGGGAAACAUUUAAUUGCAAAAUCAGUUUUAUCAAUUUUCAAUUUACCUGUAGAAGAGUUUCUUUUUGCAUAAUGUUGACAAUGUUGAAAUAAACAGGAAGCAGAAACAGAUGAUGAAAUCGACCUGAGGCUAAUUAAAGUCCGUUUUGUUUUGCUUACAUCAAUCCUGACCUUUUGCACAUACUUGAUAUUUAACGGUCUUCAAAAAAGUAAAAGAAAAUAAUGCUGUUUGAAUACUGCCAGUUGAUUGACAAUUAUGCAUUGAUUGAAAAAAUAAGCUAAUUUUGGAGGAAAUAACUUUGUAAUAUUUAUCUCUUGCAAGCUAUGUUUAAUAAAGGUUGAAACAA